AUGGUGUACUGUUUUAAACUGCAGGCAACGUACGACCACUCGCAUGGUACGUAUGCUCACUGGCAGUUAAGCCAGUUUGUCAGCCUGGAGAAUGUUGUGGGCAGACUUGCCAAUAUGUACUUUAAGCUAGGCGGUCAAGCCAGUUCACGUGGCUACACCAGUGCAUUUGAACAGAAAAUCAACCGGCACUUUGCACACACUGAAAGAAAAAAGGAUAAAGUGGCAAAAGAAACAAAAAACAGAGAGGACAAACUCAAAACUUCCUAUAGUGUUACUGGGGGUGGGCAGAACGUGCACGUGCCGUCGAGGUACCCCCGGGAUGUGCAAGGGGGUUGGGGCGAAAGGCGAUCAAAGUUCGGUAACGCUGUGUACUUUUCUGGGCGACAGGUGCUAAACCUUACCCCCUCUCAACACUCGUUUACAACUCGUAUCCCUAUGGAACAGUUUACUGUCGAACUUUGGGUGCGGCCCGAGGGGGGUCAGGCAGACCCUGUCACAUUUUUAGAGCUCUAUGACACAUGCGACGGAUUCUUGACAUCCGGGCACUGGUCUCUCGGACUCCAGACAUUUAGGGGAGACGGGGCAGCGGACUCACGGAUGUUUUUUUCAUUACAAACCCAGAGAUCAUCAAAACCAACCGCCAUCUUCACACAUAAACAGUAUGAACCUAACAAGUGGAUCCACAUUGUGGCAUCAUACGACGGAACCAUGAUGGUUUUGUAUAUCAACAGUGCAAGGAUCACAGUGGCACCAGACCAGAAAGGAAAUAUUUCCAGCCUCUCCUCUUCUGCGUGCAAAGAAAUUCAUUUGGGAGGAAACAUCUCCAAUGGACAUUUCUUUAGAGGUAGUGUCGAUGAAUUAAGGCUAUGGCAGUUGCCAUUGAAACAUAUAAAUAUUAAACAAAAUAUGUUCGUUGCAACAAAAGCGUUGAAGGACGCAGAGGGUUUAGUGUUUGGGGAUGAUUUUAAUGACGUUACAAACUGGAAAUUGAUCACAGGACAUAGUCUAGAAAUUAUCCAUUCAAACAUUCCAUAUCAGAGUCAUGACAUGUCUGUGUCUGUGCCACCAUGUGGCGAAACAGUAUGUGAUGACCCGAAAGUAGUCCAAAGUUACACAAACACUUGGCAAAUGCGCCAUGAAAAGGUAAUCCAGUACAGAGUUGUUAAUUUGAUGGAUGAUGACGGGUCAAAUCCUAUUGUUACUAACCAACAGAUCAUCGUGCAACAUGAAGCAUUAAAGACUGCAUUUGAACAGUACAAUAUCACAUUUGACUUGAGUAUAGAAAAUAUAAGGAAUUCAUCAUUACGAAAACAUCUCAUAAUGAUAGCAUGUGAUCCCAUAAACGUGGGUGACGGCAACUGCCAAGCUGAAUGCCAACAUCCAAGGACUGGCUACGACGGAGGCGACUGUGAUUCUGUGAAGGUGAAGUGCAACCCGAGUAAGAAAGGUAACGGAAAGUGUGACUUUGAAUGUAACAAGGCGUACCACGACUGGGACUGGAACGACUGCUGCCUCCCCGGCCCCGACACCCACUACACAUGCUACAACUAUACAUCUCCAUGGCGGGGUUUCCUCGGUAUUGAAGAGUACAAAGAUGCACUACGGAUCCCAGCUACUUCCCACCUCAACGUGUUUCUAGCCUCCACCACCACGGAUAAAUUAGUCGGGUUGGCUACAUUCCCCUGGGAGACACACGUGUACACCCAUCAAGGUGGUAUCGUUGUCCAGUCAAAGAUGUUUCGUCGUCCUGGUCAGACGAAUAGUCUUGUACAUGAGAUUGGUCACAACCUUGGACUGUGGCACGUGCACCACGGGGUGUCCGAGAUGGAGUGUGAUGACCCAUGUGCCGAGACGUAUCCUUCGCUGGAGCACGGGGACUUGUGCGCCGACACUACCCCGACGCCAGAGAACAUGCACUGCCACGACCCCGACCCUUCUGAUUCCAGAUGCGGACUGUUUGACGCCUACAAAGACACACCAUACAGAAACUACAUGAGCAAUGCAGAUGACAACUGUACUGACCACUUCAGUCAGAACCAGGUUGCCCGGAUGCACUGCUAUCUUGACCUGGUGUACAAGCCGUGGAUAACAGCAAAGAUACCCUCACCAGUACCUCUGCCACCCAAGGUCCUGUCGUCAGAUGAGUCGUCAACGACGCUUGGCUGGAUCUCCCCGUUCAGUAUAAGCAGCGAUGACCCUGAUAGUAUUUGCAGCAUGUGUACUCAGGAUGGCGCCCUGUUUCAAUACGCUGAUGAUGCAAGUUCCCCGAAUCACCAAGAUGCGAGUGGGGAGUGGGCACCUGUAGAAGCAACAGGGCCGCCGGACGCCGUGACAUGUGACGCCAGUACACGGGUGUGGAUGCCGGAUGUCAACACCUGUAAACAUCAACAGUGUUAUAUCGACCUCUCCCUCAGGUGGCCCGUCAAACCGGCAAGCUUGACAUUGUGGGUGACAUGGAAUGCCCAUCGGGGACUGAACAAGAUACGGUUGUACUAUACGGACCGUACUGUACGUACCCUGACGGAGGUUGAUACGUUCUGCAACAUCCCCUUCACUACCAGGCUGGCGGGAGACCGGAAACUGAGAAAGAUUCGCAUAUAUACCAGGUCACCGUACGUCGCCAUCGACGCCAUAGAGAUACUGUCCCAACCUUCUGACCACUACUGCUCGGCGUGCAGUGCAAUCAAGUACAAGGUCACCAGGUCGCCUCCUUUCACCGACGGCGACUUUCGAUACUCAAGUGACCUCAGAUUCUCUGAUCUCGAAGUUGAGAAGUCGAAGACCUACACGUACUGGGUUGCCUUGGUGGUGGGUGCAGCAUCCAGCGCCUUGUCUCCACCUCUCAUCUAUACACACGGGCAGCACUACUGCGGCGAUGGGCAUUUAGAGAGCCAGAGUCAAGAGGAGUGUGACGAUAAUAAUGCUAUGGACGGGGAUGGAUGUAAUGUCGAUUGUAAAAUUGAGGAGUUUUUUCAUUGCAAAGGUUCCCCCAGCUUGUGUUACCGGCAUGAAGGUGACGGUGUGUGUGAGGACUUCGAGGUGGCCUCCAGUGUGUCCGACUGUGGCUUCUACACUCCUCCUGGCUACAGGGACCAGUGGGCGCGUGUAGCGGUGGCCAACCCGCUGUUCCAGCUACCCAUGUGUCCAGAGACAGUUGUAACUGGGCCGCCGGAUAAAUCCAGUGUAUGUGGGAUGGACUUUGAACCGGGUCAGUCCUGGUUUCCUUGUGGUAGUCACUCCUACAAUGGAAACUUCUGGAUCGAGCUGUAUUUCCUGGAACCUGUCGUGGCUACUGAGGUGUUGGUGUACAUAGGCUCUGACGGCAGGUCCGAUCACGACCCAACUCCUAAGAAUAUGACAAUUGAGCUGAUCAAGUCCAACAAUGAUUCAGUUUCCCUCUCGUCACGGGCGACAACUCUUGAUUGCUCCAAACCUAUUACCAGCAUAUCCGUGAUGCAUGAUCUGUCUCAGGCGUUCUUUCACUCCAUAGGUAUUCGGCUGAGCUUUAACUUCUACAGAAUCAGUUUCCGUGCUGUGAAGCUACGAUCGUCCUUGCUCUUGGACCCUGUCACGAUAGCGACAUGUGGCCGGCAGGAAGUGUACAGUCCGCGAUCAGGAAGCUGCAUGGCCCAGAACUGUUCCACAACGUGCCCCCCUUUCCUUCUGCAACAUGCUCAGCCACAGUGCUCUGGUCACACCGAGGGACACACCUGUACCAUACACUGCGUGGAGGGGUACCGUCUGGAGGGUGACAGUGACCGCGCGCUGUGCGCCAGCGGGAGGUGGUUGACGGCGGCACACAUGGCCUGUGUACCUGUAGACUGUGGGGUACCGGCUGUUCCAUUUGCAUCCACCGCCUGUCCGUCAGGUACAACUCACGGAAACAAUUGUACAUUCAAGUGCAACCCACCGGCUCGGCAGCAAGGUUUCGGCAACACCAUACGAUGUGAGGCUGACGGGUUGUGGUCGGCUCCCACAUCCUCGUGCCACAUCCGGUGUUACCCUCCUCUGCAGGUCCCACACGCCAAACUUAUCACCAAGCAGUGUAAGCGAGGUCGUAAACCGCUUUCUACAACUUGUAAAUUUAAAUGCAAGAAAGGAUAUCACGUGGAGAAACAGAAAUUCAAAAGGCGAGCGUACCAGCUGACCUGUGGGGACCAGGGAGAGUGGAAUGGACCGCGAUGUGUGAGGAUUCAGUGCCCUUCCUUACCUCUAGCCCUCGCUGGUCUCUUUAAGUGCAGUAACAAAGCACGGAGCCGCUGUGUUCUCAGAUGUAAAGACGAUAGUCAGCCCAAACAGAAAAUCAUAUGCAAGUCUAACGGUAUGUGGUCUGGAGAGUUCAAGCCCUGUCGUUCACAUCUUGCUGCCAAAUGCGAGCCGCCAUCGCACCUCCAAGAUCAAGUCAUCGACUGCCCUAAUGGGAACUAUGACUUUGGGGCCACUUGCAGGGUGCGAUGCCGAUUUUCUAUCCACGAACCAGUGUACAUGGGUAAGACGGCUCGAAGGAAGACACAUGUCCUCAAUGUGCCAACAACUGGACAGAUCAUCACAAAUUUUACAUGCACGGGAUCUUCUCACUGGUUCCCGAACCCGAGGCACGUCAAAUGCGUAGAGAAGUGCAGCGUCGCGUCCAUGUCCGACGGAUGGUGUGACGGCCGGGACAAUCGGGAGCACUGCGACUGGGAUGGCGGUGACUGUUGUCCCUCCACUGUUGGCGGCCCAGUCAUGCCGUUUGCCAAAACCUGUACCUCGGAGUGUGCAUGUAAAGAUCCUAAAGCCAAAGAAAAUGUUGUCAAAAAGAAGAAAGGGCGAAAGAAAAAAAAGGGAAACGGGUCUUUAGCUCACUGACUUCUACAGGCUAUUUAGUUCUAACAACAUCACUGCCUUCUGUUGGCUCUUGGGGAAGAUCACCAUUUGAUCAUGUCAGUUGAAAACAUAUGUUUAACCAAACAAUUGGUUUGUUUUGCACGUGAUAGUCUAGAAGCCACCAGAAUGUCACAAAGAUCAUUAUAUGAGUUCCCAUCAUGGAUACAGUAUAUUUGUAGCAUGGUACCAAAGUUUGGUUUUAUCUUCAAAAUAGUCCACAAAGUCAUGAACUGGCCGAAUUCUAAUCUUGAUUGUCCUUUUACAUUCCCAACUGAUAGGUUAAGAGGUUGUUUGUAGUUUUGUCAUGGAGAUUAGUUAAGCAGCUUGUUUCACAAACUGUUGCUGUGAAAGUCGUGGUAUUGUGUUGACAUGGACAGUCUUACUUUAGUUCGGUCAUGUAGACUGCUCAAUCAUUGACAUAUACAUGGGGAUAUGGAACCAUCAGACCAAUGUAAGUUAGAACACUUGUCCGUCCAGAGUAAGGAGAUCUUUGUAAAACGAGAGUGCCGAGGAUCAGAGGCAUUAUCUUAUGUAACACUUGUAUUGGGCAUAUGCUAUGAACAUGAGAGUUUCCGCCUGAAGGAGAAUGUAGUUCUCCGCAUGUUGUUUGGAUUCAUGAGAAGUCUGAAGUUAGUGUUAGUCGGAGGAUCACCCAACCAGUCAUAUCGCAUCCUAAACACUAUGCCUCGAAUUGUAUCGUCAAACGGGCAUACAGGAUAUUUGAAUAUUUACAUAGGCACAGCGAAAUAAGUUAUUGUACCGUCGUUUUCAAGUUUCACUAUCAAGUUAGAAAGGACUCUGAUUACGGGCCAUUUCGACGUAUGCGAAGUCAGGCUUGUUUGCCAGAGUCACUGAACAAACAGUAAUAGGUAAAUAAUAGAUAAAUACAUUUAUGUUAGACUGAUUACACUGAACUUAACUCGAAACAAAAAGUAUUUAUCAGAGUAGAGCUUAAACAAUGAUACGUAAUGAUGGUUGACGGUUUUCCAGGUGAUCGGCCUGUUCCUAACCAACUUGUUACGAUAUGAAAAUAAUUCAGUACAUAAACUGUGUGAGAAUGACUCGGUUAAAUGUAGAUGCCGUAUGCAUGAUGUAUCCAUUUGAAGAAGCCAAAGAUUAAUGUUUCCGAGUGAUUGUUUCGGGAAUGCAGUCUUUACUCGUACAUUAAGUCAGACACUCAUGAUUUUGUGACAUUUGUAUUCGCGUGAUUGUGUUGGUGUACAUGUUGUGAGUUAUGCUUCGACUCCGAGCUGCGUGGUGCAGCUCUCAGUUGCUGGUGAUGUACAUAUAUGUGCAUAAUAACCUUUAACUUAUUAACAGUCAUACUCGACGCUAGCAGCCUAAUGUUGUUCCACGAAAGUUAUUCAGUGUGACUGACUUCGAGACCUACCUCAUGGUAGAAAUCGUUUGGGGCGACUACGCGCGUACUAAGGAUCCCUCCACAAUACUCCGUGUGGUCGAUCUUGUUGGUUGUGCACAGAUGUCGUUAAUGUACAUAUUCGUACUGUUUGUCGAGGGACGGAAUGGCAUCAUGAUGAGCAAAGGCCGAAACAAGUAUUGUUUCCGUCAUAUUCACUUAUACUUAAGUCCGGAACUUAGUUACUUGUAAACCAAAACAUACGAAGACAAAAUUACUCUAUACUGAUGUGUAAUAACAUAUGUUAUAACGAAUAUAUUUUUAAAAUUCUGAAAAUGUUUUUAUUUUUGGGGAUGUUAUAUAUGAUAGAUUGAUAUCCUUCAACUGGCCUCAAUAUUCUGCCUUUCAGUAAAAGCUAGUGUUUGUACCAUUUUAGGCAUUCUGUUCACCAACAUUAAAAUAGGAAAGAUGUCACUGCUCGACUAAUUGACCAGGGCCAUAAAUCCAAGUUAACUUUUAUAAGGCUAACGUAUUGUUCGUCAGUCCCUUCAGUAUUACAGUGCACAGUUAUCUGAUUUGUUCUUUUAAGUACAUUAUAAAAUCUUAUAAAUGGUUGGAAAUUCCAUUAAAAUAGAUCUAAAUGGUCACAUUAAAACGGCCUACAAACGGAGCGUCGAUAGAAAGUACGGAAUUUCAUCUAGGCGACAUUACAGAAUGUUGUGUUAAUUUCUAAAUUUCUCCAAACGUUGUCUCAAAUGGAAAUCGCCAGUUAGAAGAUUGCGCUGUAUAACACGCCCGAUACAGCUUCUUUCUGUGGGAUAAUGUCGACUUCAUGUUGGUCAUUUCAUUGGUCGGUCAAAGUUUGCGAAAGGUCGUUCUAACGUGACCUGUAUUUGGAUGGCGUCAGAUCCGUGUUUCCCGGCAACGAAAACUAAGAUUUCAGUUGAAUCACAUUGUACUUCCCUGAAGCUGUGAUUUCGAAUCUCAGUAUUGAAACGAAAUAGACUUUCACCAGUGAAGACAUUGGUGUCAGUAUUCUGAGUAGUCAGCAGGAAGUGCAUCUAUGUACAUGAUAGUGUCCACGAGGAGGUGUUGAGUUCAAAGACAGUACCAACUGCACUAUCACCCCAUUAAUGGUCUGGCGCCAGUACAACAUCUUGCAUAAAAGAGAUAACUCAACCAAAUGUUACGAUUGUCUUCAGUGAAUACCAUAGUAAUGAUAUCCUUCCCUCUAGCAUCAGUUCGAAGUGAACACACAUACAGUCAAAAUACACCCUCUCAGAUACUUAGAUAUGGAGCACAUUGGAAUCUCCUCAUAACGGUCAAACGUGUCUCCAGAUUUUACUGCAUAUAUCUUUAACUUCAUUCGAAACGUAUAUGACGACCCGCAGGACUUUCUAAUUAGCCCUUCAAAGUUGCAGACACAUUUGUUCACAGACAUUGUCACUUGAGCCUGUCAAUACGAGAAACAUUGUAACUGUUCGGCCUUAAGCUUGUAUGAAGUACGUUCGUUAUCCCUGCAGGAAUCUCGUGAUUAUUCCAUCAACACUGUCGUUACUCUGUACUUUUAUUUGUUCAUUGUUUGAAUAUUGUUAUGUCUCUUGUUAGUGUUUUCAUAUAUUAUUGUAUGUUCCUACCAUUUUGUGAAUAAAAUGAACAAAGAUA